AGCACUCUAUCUCUCCACCCAUCAGCACUGCAAGGAGAGACAGCGAUGGCAGAGCUGGGGGAGGAGCCCCACGCCAUCCCGCGAGUGGUCGCCGUCCUGUCCACCAUCCUCGAGAGGCUCGCGGAGCGCAACGACGCCGUACGCCGGCCGCUCGCGCUGCACCACUGCGCCUCGGCCUUCCACGGGCUGACGAAGCCGGCCAUAUCGGUGCGCAGCUACCUGGAGCGCAUCUUCCGGUACGCCAACUGCAGCCCCUCCUGCUACGUCGUCGCCUACAUCUACAUCGACCGCUUCCUGUGGCGCCACCCCGCCGUGUUCCUCGACUCCUUCAACGUCCACCGCUUCCUCAUCACCAGCGUCCUCACCGCCGUCAAGUUCAUGGAUGACAUAUACUACAACAAUGCAUACUUUGCAAAGGUGGGGGGGAUCAGCUUGAUGGAGAUGAACUACCUGGAAGUGGAUUUCUUGUUUGGGGUGGGUUUCGAGUUGAAUGUAACCCCUGUCAUCUUCAGCUCCUACUGCUCGACACUUCAGAGGGAAAUGUACUUGGAAUCACCUGCUUCUCCUCCAAGGUUGCACUGCUGCUUGACAGAAGAAGAAUCCAGCAGCUGCCAGCAGAAGCAGCAGCUUGCUGUCUGAGGGCUGUCUUUUGGUACAUAAACAUAGAUCAGCGUGUAGUUAGAUGCAUGAUGGACAGGUCGAUACCACCGCUGCCUCUACUUUCGGGUUCCAUGGAUUCCAACCUCUGGGCAUGUGACAGUCAUUUUUAUGCUUCUCUUUUUCUGUAGGUUUCUUAUCUGGUAAAUGGUUGUGUACAGAAUGGGAUUCUCAGUAUGCCAGUUGAGGUCUUUCAUUUGGUUACUGGUUCAUGUUCAGUGAAUGCUUUGUGCCAACCACUGCUACAAUGGUAAUAAUAGUUUGAGAUC